AUGGACGCUAACGGUAUCCUGAACGUGUCGGCCAAAGAAAACAGCACGGGUCGCAGCAAGAACAUCGUGAUCAAGAAUGACAAGGGACGCUUGUCGCAGGCCGAAAUCGACCGCAUGUUGUCCGAAGCCGAGCGCUACAAAGAAGAGGACGAGAAGCAGCGGCAGAGGGUCGCCGCCCGCAACCAGUUGGAGACGUACGUGUUCAGCGUGAAGCAGGCGCUAGACGACGCGGGAGACAAGCUGAGCGAGGCUGACAAGAGCACGGCGCGCCGGGAGUGUGACGAUGCACUCAAGUGGCUGGACAACAACACCCUCGCAGACCAGGAGGAGUACGAGCACAGGCUGAAGGAGCUGCAGCGAGUGUGCUCGCCCGUCAUGAGCAAGAUGCACGGUGCGAGUGGUGGUAUGCCAGGAGGUAUGCCUGGAGGUAUGCAGGAGGUAUGCCUGGUGGCCAGCGCGAUGGUCCCACGGUGGAGGAAGUGGAUUAAUUAUUUAAAUCAGUAA